AUAUGAUAGCUUGAACCAGCUUCUGGGUUAUCUGUGGUGUUCCUUCGGUGUUACGCCCGCAAUUUGCCGUCGGCAAACAUCCGAUGAGGGGAGCUAUCUUCAUGACCCAAUCUCGUUGCAAGAGAGUCCGGCGAUGCAUACGUUCUUGUUUAAAGAGACGAGAAGUGAUUCUGAUAUAAACAGUGUGUCGUGCGCUAAGCUAUGAACAGUAUCGCGAUCGCUGCACACUUUGCCCUUUAUUCGUGAAAAAAAUGGGUGUUCCGUACGAGGCGCAAUUGUUCAUCAACAACAAAUUCACGCCCGCGUCGACAGCCGAAACAUUUGAGCUGCGAUCUCCGUUCACGAACGAACUAGUCGCCAAAGUCGCGGAGGCUUCGGUUGAGGAUGUCGACACCGCUGUGGCAGCAGCUGAAGCUGCUUUCCCAGCCUGGAGCGCAUUGUCGCCACAGAUGAGGGGCAAGCCUCUCAAAAGGAUGGCGGAGAAAGUCCUCGCGGCAAAGAGAGAGCUCGCCGAGCUCGAUGCCGUGUCGAUGGGUCGACCGGUGGACGGAUACUUCGACGCUGACUAUGCCAACGUGCACUUCGAAUAUUUUGCUCAAGCAGCGUACGCGACUGGCCACACUUCGCUCAACACGCCAGGCUUUCUGAACAUUUCGCUGCGCCAACCAUUUGGCGUCGUGGGAGUGAUCAUUCCCUGGAAUGCGCCGCUUGUAUUCUUUUCCAAAAAGGUUGCUCCUGCUGUGGCAGCCGGCAACUGUGUCGUCCUCAAGUCGUCGGAGAAGGCGCCGUUAACGUCGUGGAAACUUGCUCAAUGGAUCGAGGAGUGCGGGUUUCCUCCUGGCGUUAUAAAUGUCAUCCACGGCCACGGCCAAAUAUCAGGCCAGGCAAUGGGGACGCACAUGAAGAUACGAUGCAUUAGCUUCACUGGAUCGACGAGAACUGGCCGCGCAAUACAAAAGGCUUCUGCAGACUCAAAUCUUAAGAAGGUCGUCUUUGAGCUUGGUGGCAAGGGCCCUGCAAUAAUAUUUGAAGAUGCUGAUAUCGAUGAAGCGGUGAAGGCGACCGAGUUCAGUAUCAUGUACAACUCGGGUCAGACCUGCAUGGCAAACUCGCGAAUAUACGUGCAAAAGUCGAUCAAGGACAAGUUCACAGAAGCCUUUAAGAAGAUAGCGAAUUCGCGCAAGCUCGGGGACCCAACCCGUUCUGGCACAAACCAUGGACCACAAGCGGACAAGGCACAGUACGAAACUGUGCUGAAGUACGUUGACAUUGGAAAGCAAACCGGCGAAGUAGUCCUGGAAGGAAAAGCCGAGGGGCUCAACAUGGUGCACCCGGUCGUCUUCACUAAUCAACCGGAGGACAGCAAAAUUAUGAAGGAUGAAAUAUUUGGGCCGGUCGUUGUGAUCAAUGCUUUCGAUACGGAAGAGGAGGUGAUCGCGAAGGCCAACGAUUCAGAAUUCGGGCUCUACGCGGCCCUGUUCACAAAAGACCUUCAGCGCGCACUUCGAGUGAGCAAGAAACUUGAAUCCGGCAUGGUCGGCGUCAAUUGCGCCUCGCCCACUGGAUGCUGGGAUUUGCCAUUUGGUGGCUGGAAGGGAAGUGGGACUGGUAGAGAAUCACUACUGGAAUCGCUCGAGCACUUUACAGAGCAGAAAAGUAUUUUUUUCAAGGUACCAGGACUGGGUGAAGCGUCGACUUCUGCACUUGGACGAUAGAUGGUAGGACGUUCUGUACAUGUCUUGGAAGGAUGGCUUGUUGCAUUCUUGGACCACGAAAUAAUUUCUCAACACCAUAUCAUAUGAACUCCGAGUUUGCUCUUUCCUUUUAUCUUUGUAUGAAUACGAUCGGACAAGAAUAAUUUGUUCAAUUAGAAAUUGGAGACUGCAU